UUCUCAACUACAAACUAGCUAGUAUCCCCAAUGAACCAUAUUUUGUUUAUGCAAGUCCAAACACCAACACCAACACCAACUAUAUUUUCACCCCUCUCCAAAGGUCCUGGUUACGGUCACAAAAUCUUCCCUAGGCCAAAUAUGUCCACAGCCACCGCCACGCCCGAAACACUAAGCUCUCCGACGGUAGACAGUCGUCGUACUGCCAAUUAUAAACCCAACAUCUGGAAUUCUGAGUUCCUUGAGUCUCUAAAGAGGGAUCAAAUGGAUGUGCAGGACAAGUAUGAGAAAAUAGAUAAAGAAACACUAAGUUUUGAGGUGAAGAAUAUGAUGGCUGAUGAAGAUUUGGAACUCAUGGUGGUUUUCCAGCUAAUUGAUAGCAUCCAAAGAUUAGGUCUUGGAAUUGAUUUUGACAGUGAUAUUAAGAGGUCACUAAGAAGAAUUGCAUGCAACUUUGGUGAUUUGAAACUGCAUCUCCAUGCUACUGCUCUUGGGUUCAGACUUCUUAGGCAAAAUGGAAAUAUGGUUUCUCAAGAUGUAUUUAAGCAAUUUAUGAGUGAAGAGGGCAAGUUCAAGCUUUCAUUAUGCAAUGACAUCGAUGGGAUGAUAAGUUUGUAUGAAGCUUCAUACGUUGCAUACGAAGAAGAGCAUCUUUUAGAGGAAGCCAAAGCUUUCACUUCAAAGCAUUUAGCUCAUCUUUGCUUAAAUGAGCACAAACUCAUUGCAAAUCAAGUGAAUCGCACAUUAGACCUUCCAUUACGAUACAGAAUGCCAAGACUCGAAGCUAGACACUACAUCGAGGCAUCCUCUACCAAGAACGAUUCUAACACAAAAGUUGUGGCAUUGUGUGAACUUGCUAAGCUCGACUUUAAUAUGACACAAUUGAUCUAUCAAGAGGACCUCCAAGAUAUGACAAGGUGGUGGAAGGAGCUAGGUUUAUCAAAUAAGUUGAGCUUUGCAAGGGACAGACUUAUGGAAUGUUUCUUUUGGGGCACUGGCACAACACCUAGAGCUGAACUUAGCUACUGCCGCAAAGCAUUAACCAAAGUUUGCAAAUUCAUUACUAUUAUUGAUGACAUCUAUGAUGUUUAUGGUCACAUGCAUGAGCUAGAACUUUUCACCAAUGCCGUCGAGAGAUGGGAUGUUAAUGUUGUUGACGAUCUUCCAUACUACAUGAAAUUAACCUUCCUUGCUUUAUACAACACUGUUAACGAGAUAGGGUAUGAAGUUCUCAAGCAAAAGGGUUACAAUUGCGUUCCUUUCCUUAAAAAGGCGUGGGAAGAUGUGCUGAAAUCAUUUUUGGUAGAAGCUAAGUGGUGCCACUAUAAACAAACUCCAACAUUUGAGGAAUACAUCAACAAUGGAUGGGUUUCAGCCUCAGGGGUUGUUGCAUUGACGCAUGCAUUUUUUUUUGUAAGCCAAGAUAUUACACCUGAGGCUCUUGAUUGCUUUAAAAACAACCAUGACAUUUUACGUUUGCCUUCCAUGGUCUUCCGUUUAUCCAAUGAUCUUGCCACUUACGAGGAUGAAAUUGAAAGAGGAGAAACAGCAAAUGCAAUAUCUUGUUAUGCAAAGAAAGCAGGUGUAUCACUCGAAGAUUCACGUGAACACAUAAGCAAGAUGAUCGAUGAGAGUUGGAAAAGGCUCAAUGAAAUUCAAGUUGAUAAUAAAACUCCCUUUUCAGAUGAUUUUAUAGAAACUGCCUUAAACCUGGCUCGCACAUCUCAAUGUGCGUAUCAACAAGGAGAUGGUCAUGGAUCACCAGAACUUAUUAAGAAACAUAUCCUUUCAAUAUUUGUUGAUCCCAUCAAAUAAUUAAAUUAACCGAAUAGUCAAUUUUUUGAACUGAAAACUGGAUCGAUUUGUAUUUGAUUUGGACAAGUUCUUAAACACACCUAAUACUACACAAAUCCUAGAGGUAAGUGUUAGGGGUAGAAAUAUUUGCAAUUGAUACCACUUGGAAUAACUUCUCCAAUAAUAAUAUGUAUAUAUUGGACUAAAAUAAGAAAUUGUGAUAUUUUAUUUUGAAU